AUGCGAGUUCGUCUGAGGGGUCCCUCGGGCAAAUCGACUACAGUUACGCUAGACGAUACUGCAACAGUGGAAUCUCUGAGGAAUACUGUUACUGCAGAGACCUCUCUAUCUUCUUUCGAAAUCAAAUAUGGGUAUCCGCCGAAGACUUUGAUGUUAGAUCAGUACCCUCCGAACAAGCUCCUAUCGGAACUGGAUGUCAAGCUCAGCGGAGAACAACUCAUUAUUAACAGCACUGAGGCGGCCUCCCGGAAGACCACCACCGAGCCGUCACAGACAUUUCAGCAUUCGGAAAAAGAUAACCAUUCAUCAGGAAGAGUCGCCGAACUACCCACAAGUCACACCGGCUCGUCACAUUCAUCCUCGACAAAAGAGCAGAAUAGGGAGGUGAAGAAAGCCUCUUCUGCACCCCUGUCUCUGACUCGGAAAGAAAACAAAGCUAUGUCAGAUCCCCCCGAGAUCUUUCUGCCGGACCUUGGUGGCAGCCUUGUUCUACGCAUUAUGCCGGACGAUAAUUCUUGUCUUUUCCGAGCAGUCGCCAGCGCUAUCAUGUCGAAUCUUGACACAAUGACCGAGUUGCGAUCGGUGGUGGCGCAAACCAUUCAGGCAAACCCCGAUAAAUACACCAAGGCAAUAUUGGACAACAAAGACCCCGAUGCAUACUGUCGAUGGAUUCAAACCGAGAAUGCCUGGGGUGGCCAGAUUGAACUCGACAUCCUCAGUCAGCAAUUUGAUGUCGAAAUCUGUAGCAUUGAUGUUCAAACCUUGAGAGUGGAUAGGUACAACGAAGGUGCACCACGAAGAUGCUUUCUCGUCUAUUCAGGUAUCCACUAUGACAUUAUUGCCCUCAGCCUAUUUGGGAUGCCACCCGAAGACGAUGUCAAGCAGUUUGAACAACCAUUAUCCGACGAAGUGUUGCCCCAAGCUGUUGCCCUAUGCCAAAAGCUGCAGGAGAAACAUUACUUCACGGAUACUGCGGGUUUUAGACUCAGGUGUGGCGACUGUGGUGCCACUUGCAUUGGGGAAGCUGGCGCUACAGAACACGCGCAAGCGACGGGACAUUACAACUUUGGCGAAGCCUCCUAG